CGACUCGCCCCCUUGAGCCCCAAUACUGUGUCUGUGGCCGCUCCUUUUUAAUCCACGAGAUCCCGCCCUGGCUUGGACGGAUUCUGUUUGCUACUCGCGCCUCGAGCUUGAUCCCUCAGCCUGUAGUGUCUGGUAGGUUAACGCUGGAAUGUGCUGCACCAAGGCGACAUUCACAUGCUUUUGGCUUGUAAAGGAACCAACCCAAGACGCCUGCGAGGCACCAGUUGACCAAGGCAGUACGCAGUAACAAAGGACAGAGGCAGGAACCGUCGUCCUCCCCACCGCCGUGACCUAAGCGCGCCCAACAGCUCCGCUUUUUUCUCAAGCUCGCGCCUCGCGUCCACAACCCACAGACAGCCGACAGCUCGCAAACCCGCACGCUCUCCCUCAACGUCAUUUUUCCUCCCGAGAGGCCCCACCGCCUGCCAGCACAGCAGACAAGCACCCACCCGGCCAAGCCCCCCGAGCUCCAAGCCCUGUCCGUUCCUGACGAUUUGGGCAUUGGCAGCCUGGACCCUCAGAGCCCGAUACCUGCCGAACCUGCGGAACUGGGACAACACAAAAGUAAAAAACUACGAGCGGGCUAGCACAGUAACGGUGAAAGCGGGCAGUAUCCUGCUGCAGGUACAAUCUUGGCUGCUAAAAGAACGCACUUACACCUACCUGCCUGGUCCCCGUUGUACCCACGAUCGAACCGACCGCCCUUCUUUCUCCCUCGUACCCUCGUACCCUCCCGAUCCGACUCGAGAACAAGGCCUACAAGAGACGCAAGCAGCGCUGCCGGCAACAAGACCCCAAGAAAGAAGGACCCCGGGUGACUGCUGCUGCGCCUCGCCGCUGUUGAUCCCUCCCGUCGUCCAUGUGCACCCGCCGCCUGCCGGUCAGAGUCGUGUGCCACCCACCUGGCCCCCCCACGCGUCGUCAAUGCUUGCCCUACAAUACCUGCCGCCCACCAUGCCGAGGGCGGCCAACGACUCCUUCCUAUCCUCGGGUGCUGUCCAUGACGAUAUGCAUCUGGCCGCCUUCCCCGACAUGGUCCCAGCCCAUCACUCGUCCGUCAUAUCGCCGCUGGCCCUUCCCCGCGGUGCCGCCCAGUACUUUGAAGCCCACCACCACCACCUGCCUGCUGCGAACGACGGCCCUGGCCCCAUGCGCUCGUACUACCCAGGCGGCAGUCUCGCACCCGCCGCUGCCGCUGCCCAGACACAACAACAAGCACCGCCCUCUGCCUCCUCUCUCGCUAGGAGCGCCUCGUCUGCCGGCCCAUACUCCUCGCAAGCCUCCCAGUUCAUCUCUCCCAGGCUCGCCCCUACCUCGACACAGAUCGACCGCCAGCUGAGGCAGCAGACACGGCAGCAGCAGCGUUCCGCCAGCCUCUCGCCCACCAGGCGCUCCGCGUCCCUUCCUGUUGGUUCAGCCAUGAGGAACCACUCAGCCGUGGCUUCCCCGUCCCGCGUUCCCUUCUCGAGUGUCAUGGUGCCCCUCAACGCCGCCGUCGCUCCUUACCCCGGAGUCCCCGCGCCCGCUCCUGUGGAGCUCCCCUCGGCACCCUACAACCACGCCCAGCCUCCCAUGCUCCAAGCCCGCCAGGGCUCGGGGGACGUGUUGCUGCCCGUGGCCGGCCAGCAGGCCCAGAAUCAGAGGAUCGCCCUGCUCGAGAAGCAGAACACCUUGAUACGCCAGGCGUGGGAGAGCGAGCGGAGGUACCUCGAAGCCAACCGGUCUCGCGCCGAGGAGGUGUACCAGGAGGAAAGAGCAAUCAUGGACAUGGAGCGGACAGAGUGGGAGGCGGAACGCGUGGCGCUGAUGGACGAGAUAGUUAGACUGAAGGACCAGGCCAAGACCAUGAGGUCCGGCAGCAGGUUCGGCCACGUCGAAAGCAUCCCAGAGGAAGGAGGUCUGGGCCCGUCUCUGCGAGGAGGCGGCGGAAGCAAUGACGUUGCAUCUCCGGGCAGCACCUCGACGGUCUUGUCUUCGCUUCAGGGUGGACCCCAACAUCGGGGCCCUAGGGUGGGCGCGACUCAGACAGUCCCAUACCAGUCACAAGCUUCUCGGUCCCAGGCCGACCCAAAAACUUCUGCCAACCUACCUACAACCACAACCACGCGUAUCAGUCCGUCUAGACAGCCAGAGUCGUCGCCAUUCAUACCACUUGCGCAAGAACCGCACCCAACCAGCUUUCCCACCGCCGCAUCAUCAGAACAACAACAUCCAGCUACCGCCAUGUCUUCCGCUUCCCACUCUGAGGACGAGCAGCCCGCUCCCACCAUCGAUGUCCAGGACAUCCACCCCGAGCUCGAGGGGAUUCCGCUCAAGAAGACGGCCCUCCAGAAGGCCACCUUCAUCGAUGGAGACAACAGCCACGAGGGCUCCGCGGCUGGUUCCAAGCCGACCUCGACCGAGACCUCGCCCACUCUCAACAAUGUGGCCCCGGAUGACCAGCGUCCGGACGCCAACCCGCGAAAGGUCUCGGAGAAGGAUCCGCUCAAGGUGCUCGCCGCUUCCGAGCCUGAGCGUCUCCGGAUGAAUGCAGGCCACACCCCCAAUCACUCGCUCUCGGUGCUUCCGUCUGGAGCGUCCACCGAGGUCCAAACCACUGCCAGUAGCAGUGGUGAGGUGACCCCGACAACCGCAACGGGCUUCGACGACAGCAGCAGCAGCGGUGUUGCCAGCAAGGGCAAAGAGAGAGCCAUGGAAGAGCCCGUCGAGCCGCCCGUCGGUAAGGGGGCUACCGAGCUUUCAGGUGGCCCGACCUUGGCCACGGGCGAGGGUCCGCCGCCGCUGACGGGGCCUCUGACCCUGAGGAACCUCCCUGCCAAGGACGCCAGGUUCUUUGAUCUGCUUGACAAGAAGCUCGAGGACGUCAGCAAGGGAGAGACGGAGGAUGCCUUGCCCAAGGUUCUCCAGAAUGACACUCCUGCGGGACCCUCGGGCGGAGCCGCUGCGAAAGCCGGCGAGCAGAAGCGCGAGUCCAAGACUCUGGAUUCGUCCCAGGCCUCCAGCCCGAGCGAGCCCGACACGAGCCUCGAGAUUGCUCUUCGCAUCAGGAAGACCAGUAACUUCGGGGCGCCCCUGGGAGAGAUCCGAGGCCAUCCUUCACACUAGAACGGUGCAGUGGCUGGUGCCGGAGUCGCGCACAAGACGGCAGCUGGUGCCGCGCCCUCUUCAACGGGCCUAGGUGGGACCAGCUCCCAUGUUGACUCGAGAGCUCCCAUUAUUUGGCCUGGCUUCAGGUCACCGAGGUAUACUGCGAGGCCUCUGUCUCCACCUUCGCCUUCUCGGUCUCCAUGUUCGUCUCUUGAUCCUGCUCUCUCGUCUCUUGAUCCUGCUCUCUCGGCAGCCCAAGCCUCGACAACUCCCGAUGCUGCCGAGGACCGAUCGGAGAUCAUCGAGGACCGAUCGGAGAUCAUGCAGCAGGAAGGCCGGGUGGGCUAUACAGAGGCCGCACACAGCGAGGAGUUCAGGGCGAACAUUGCCCGGGGUGGCGUCCCGGACCCUGACAGCAUCCAGCUCAAGCCUUCCAGCAACUUGGGUGCGCCAUAUGGCAAGCUUGGCUGAACUGGGCGACGCCGCCACCUUUUUUGUUCGCCUCUUGUACCUAUCAUGAGCAUCAACCCACCAUGAACCACAACACCUUUUUGACUGCAGCGGUUCACCACUCUUCACUAAUCACUCCCCAUCCUGCCAUUCACUAAUCACUCCCCAUCCUGCCAUCCACUUCCUCGCUG